UUUUCCUCCCUUCUCCAGAUCAUCAGUAACAUGGAGGCUCCAGUGACAAAUGGCCCCAGUGGAGGAGGAACCACAGCCAACGGGCCAACCAACAACAGCCGUGGCUGCCCCUCACCAAUGCAGACCGGCCCAACAAACGACGACAGCAAGACAAACCUCAUUGUCAACUACCUGCCCCAGAACAUGACCCAGGAAGAGUUCCGCAGCCUCUUCGGUAGCAUCGGCGAGAUCGAGUCCUGCAAGCUGGUUCGCGAUAAGAUCACAGGUACAGAACUGAGACUUCUUUGUGGUGCACUGGGAUAAUGAUGCUGUACUUUUU